UAGGUCUUAUCUCGAGAAAAUGAAUCUCGUUGCACUUCUUCCCUCCCCCCGUCCUCCGAAGUAUCCAUCUCAUCGAUGCCGGUUACCUCGCGGAGGUUAGGCGCGAGCGAGAGAAAGAGAGAGAGCCUACGCGCGCGCGCGCGCGCGCACAUUCUUUCGCUCCUUCACGCAUCUAUCUACGAUAUAUUGCUUCUAUCUGUGAAAUGAUAUUCGUACAGCGAUCGAGCGUGUAAUGAACGUCUGUGGCAUGCUGUGACGUUAAUCCUAAAUCGACUCGUCUCAUCCUUAAACAGCAACGCAAGUGAAAAUUGGACUGCGAUUUGGAAAAGAACGGUUGACAGUUUCAUCGACCCCCGAUGCGACAAACUGCGGGAGAUCUGGUCGGCUAACCUUUGUCAGGAACAAAUCAAAGAGGUUGUUGGAAAAGGAAAGUUGUGAAGAACAUUGGAAGAUAUUUUUCAUUUUGUGCAAUAUGACCCAAAAGAUCCCAAUGGUAACAAUGUGUCUUCUUUAAAACAUUAGGAGUUUGUUACUUAUUAUUAACAUUAAAAUGCUGGAAAAUUAAUCUUUGAUAAUAUCUGAUAAUGAUGGCAGAAAAUAAUGCAGAAGACACUAAAUCAGUAGAGAAUGAGACUCCGUCAGAAACUCUUUCGGUAAUAUCCAUAAAUGAUGAAGCAGGUCCCUCUAAUAAAGAAGAGAAUUCUGAAGUACCAGAUAGUGACAAAUUAACUUCUAAAGAAAAUCCGAACAAGAAAGAAGAUGCCUCCGCUGAAGAGGAAAAGGCCGAAGGUACAGAUUUACUUGACUCUGAAAAGAAAGGACAAGAUGCUUCUAAAACUGAUUGCAAUGGGGAUUCUACGGAGAAAAUUAAUCUCGACAAGACAGCAUCUUCUGAGACAAUCGAAUCUGGAACCAAAGAGAAUAAUUUCAUUGAAUCACCAGCAUCGCCUACUGGCGAAGAAGAUACGAAUGAAAAUGAUAGUCUAAAUGAUAUUCUGAAAAUAGUACACGGAGAUUUAGCGAAGGAAAUGAUUCAGGCUGUUAAUGAGUCUGCGACCGCGAAAGACGAUAGUGACGAAGAUAGUGACGAAGAUAGCAUUAAAAAGAAGCAACAAACGGUAAAGAAGAAAGAUGAUAUUUCGGGAGGUGGUACAUCUGACAGUAUGAAAGAAUGUAUUAGUACUAUAGUCGCAAAGUAUGCAAAAGAUAAACAGGUCUCGAAAGAGUUUUCGGAAAGGAUAGAAAAAAAAUUAAGCUUUGGAUUCGUUGAUCCUCCGAUCGUAAUCGGUCAGCUUAUUGAGGAACAACUUGCUAACGAGUCUGCAUUAUCGGCUGAUCGUACAGACCAUAUAGUAGAAUGGGUCAAGAAUUCGGUGAAGGUAAAUGUUGAUGAAGAUGGUAACACUACUGAGGAACGUAAACUUGGCACGUACGAAAGAGAUACGACGGAUGAAACAAGAAAACGAAGGAAACCUACUGAUUCAAUAUCUCCUCAUGCAGUAUCUCCUAGAAAAUCGCAGAAGUUCGUCACCAACAUCAUAAAAAGGAGUAUUAAAUGCUUAAACAAAAUGCACGCGAUGGAGGGCGCGGCCGAGAAUAAGCGAAAGGUGGACGUCGCGGAGAAUAGAGCCGACGAUAAGACGUCGUCGAGAUCAUCUCCGUCGCCAAAGGUACCUCAGAGCCAACAGAACGGCGCCGCCCUUCCGGAAGAGACAGCAGCGGCGCCGACGACAACGGUGAGUGCUCGUCCCCGCAUCAAGAAAAAAGACGAGUCGGACUGUGACAAUGAAACUUCAGACACGAGGGAUAGGCAACUGCUCGCUGGCACGUCGCGACAAAAUGCUACAGCUCCGAGUAAAAAUGUGCAGCCGCGCCACGUCAAAGCAGCGUCUGAGCCCAUCGAUAUCAAAAAGCGAAAGUCAACUAACGGACAGCUGAUCUCACUAGGAAAUCCCAGAAAAAAGUUUCGUGAAGAUUUUUCACGAGAGGAGUACCUUUUAAGUAUUGUAGGUGACAACAAUGAGAGCGUCGAAGAUCUUAUGGCAAAGGCCGAUCAGUUGCGAGCUGAUAUUUUGGCUCUUGAAAAUUUAGCGCAUGCCAAAGAAAUGGAAUGGAAUGAGAUCUUAAGGAAGAGGAAACUCAAGGAGGAAGCAUACCUAAGGCUCGAAAGGAAAAUACAAACGACAACCUACAUGGAAAAUGACAGUCAGUUGCCAGAGGCUUCGCCAUCAGUUAAACCAUCUCUAGGCUUGGCCGAAUGGGAGAACAGCAGCAGUACUAUUUCCAUGAAAGAUAAAUCUUUUGAAUCGAAAGAGGAUUCAGGCGAAAAAUCUUUGGACUCGUGUUUGAAGAAAGAAAAAAUCACAAGAGUUAGCUCACAGCAACGAGCGACUCCCCCGAAAACCAAUGGCGAGAGCAAUCGUAAACAAAACGAGACAGCAAGUCCAGAAAGUCGGCAAAUUGGAGAAGGCCGUCAAGGUGCGAUAGUGGAUGUUAGAUCUAUCAUUGCUGAUCACAGACUUAAACACCCGGAAACUGUACCAAGGAGAGGCCGAAGAAUGAGAAGUUCGAACGUAAAUAUCAAUCUUGGAGCUGGCGGUGCUAUGGUCGAAACUGGACACAACGCGGACUCGAGACCAUCUAGCACGGAAUCGUGUAAGAGCAAUCCAAGCACCAAUGAUUCCAUGAAUUAUAAAGAUAUGCUAGUGCAAUUUGCUAAGCUAAGUCAGCAAGGUGAAAUAGUCAAGACACCACAAAAUUAUCCGGAUGUGACACUUCACCCUGUAACUCCUUCAUCUGCUCAGAAUACACCGCAAUCGAGCGGCUCGUUGCUUCAUGGAAUUCUAACGAAAGCGCAAACACCGAGAUCCACAACUUUUUCACCUACUUUAGCAAGAUUACUCACUGCGCCUGAAAGAGAAAGGAGUUCUCCAACGACUGCAGCAGCCGCGACAGCAUCAGCGUCUAUGUCACAGCAGAGCGGCACGACCCAGCACCUUUUGCAGACAUACCAAGGCUCUAAUCUGGUUUCUAUAAACGAUCUCCUGUCUUCUUCCAAGGCUCGCACAGAGAUAACUAUAACCCCUGUUGUUAACACUCCUGCGCAAUCUCAUUCUAAUGAUUUAAUUCAAGUGGAGGACAUAGAAGAAGAAACAACCGAUGAUAGAAAAGGGAACUCGAUAGCUGGAAGGGACGGCAAGCAAAUAGUAAAGGACAAUCCACCUUCACCAAGCGCCCCACCAAAGUGUCAGGGAUGUAGAAUUCGACCCGCACAAUUUGUAUGCGCCGGAUGCGGAAAUCAGUGGUAUUGCAGUCGUUCAUGUCAGCUUGCUGCAUGGGCAACACACUCUGAUCACUGUCCACCCGAGCCCGAGAACAGCAAGACCAAACUCGUUUAACGGCCGAGAUCACUGUGACCCGAUGUAUACAAUAUCAGGCAAAAGAUAUCGGCACAACUGAGUACGAAUCUAGUCAAGAAAAGAAGUUCAAGGGUAUA